AGAGGAAUUGAGGCGGAUUUAUUUGUGAGGAACUGUUUGAUUACUCUCUAUUGCAGGAACGGAGAGAUUUCCCAUGCUCGAAAAGUUUUUGAUGGAUUUGAAUCUAGGGAUUUGGUUUGUUGGAACUCAAUGAUUGCUGGGUAUGCAGGGUGUGGCCAAAUGGUUGAAGCACGGAAACUGUUUGAUGAAAUGCCUGAGAAAGACAGUUUCUCAUGGGCUAUUUUGAUUGAUGGAUAUGGCAAGAGGAUUGGGGAUGUUGAGGGUGCCCGGAAGUUGUUUGACGAAUUGCCUCUGAAGGAUAUAGUCAUUUGGAAUUCAAUGAUCAGCUGCUAUGCUGGUGCAGGAAACAUGAACAUGGCUUGGCAACUCUUCAAUGAGAUGCCAACAAGGAAUGUGAUUUCAUGGAGCAUCCUAAUUGAUGGCCUUGUUCAGCAUGAUAAUCCAAAGGAAGCCCUAAUCCUAUUCCAGGAAAUGCUCCGGCACGGUACUAGGCCUGAUAGAGUUGCGGCGAUCGCUGCAAUCACAUCCUGUGCUCAACUGGGUGCGCUCGAUCUGGGCUGCUGGCUGCAUUCCUAUAUGAAAAAGAACAAAAUUUUGCUCGACGCCGUCGUCCUUACAGCUCUGAUUGAUAUGUACAUGAAAUGUGGGAGUCUGGAGGUGGCAAGAAGGCUUUUUGAGAAGAUGAAUAAUAGGAGUGUUGUGACUUGGAAUGUGAUGAUAGUAGGACUUGGGACUAACGGUCAUGAAAUUGAGGCUGUUGAGGUUUAUCAUAGAAUGGAAAGAGAAGGAGCAUUCAUGGAUGACUUGACUUUCCUUGGUGUCCUGACAGCCUGCUCUCAUGGAGGAUUGAUCAGUGAAGCAUUGAGGAUAUUUGGCAGAAUGAAGAAUGAUUUCAGGACCGAGCCCAAGGUGGAACAUUACGGUUGCUUGGUUGAUCUCCUCGGACGUGCGGGGCGGUUAGAAGAAGUUUGGGGUUUUAUAAAAGCCAUGCCCAUGAGACCCACUUCAACCUUGUGGGGAUCACUUCUUGCAGCUUGUCGAACUCAUCGAUGUGUCGAGUUGGCUGAGCUUUCAGUUAAGCAGCUUGCCAGUCUUGGAGCAGAUGAUUGCGGUGUUUAUGUGCUGAUGUCUAAUAUAUAUGCAGAUAAAGGUAUGUGGGAUGAUGUGUGGAGGAUAAGAAGGCUGAUGGGUGAGAAGGGGAUGAAUAAAGAGAUUGGAAGGAGUGUGGUGGAGAUAAAUGGAGUUGUUCAUGAGUUUAUUAAUGGGGAUUGCUUACAUCAUCUUAGAGAGAAAGUUUAUGAAGUCAUUUGGAGUUUGUCUCUUGCAUUAGAUUCAAGCAGUUAGAUUUCCACUUUACAAUCAGGUUUGAGGUUACAGUUUAUUAAAAAAGAGGAGUUUUAAAUUAUUGAUGCUCCCAUCAAUUUGAGCUUUGGGGAGGGGUUUUUGAUAAUGAUUGUUUCCAUAUAUUUUGAUUUGAUUGUGUGCAAUUUUGAGAUUGAUGCUGAAAGGGAAGACAAGUUGCAACCUCCUUUUAUUUCAUUCCAGCUAGCAUCCUCCACCUUGAUGACCUCCCUUUAGUCUCCCUUCUUCCCAAGCUUAGUUAAUCUCUCCUUUAUUGUACUAACACUCUUGUAUAUGUACCCUACACUGUUUUUUUAACAUGAUCAUCGCUUUUGUCACCAACAUAA